AUGAUUAGAGUAAUAAACAAAAAUAUAUUAAAUUUCUUUAAAAUAUGUCGUUGCACCAUUCUAUCUAAUGAAGUGAUUUUAUCACUAUUAAUACCUACAUUUAUCUGGGAUAUUUUAUCUAAUAAGUUAAAAUUUGAAGCAGGAAAGAAACUUGAAAUUGUUAAAGAGUUUUACGCUAACACAAGGACUGAGAUUUAUUUUUAUUUGUUGGUAUCCUUUAGUUCGUUAUUUCUGAUUUAUUUUAAAGAACUCUUAUUUAAUGUGGUAGUCAAUAAGUAUAGAGAAAAAUUCUUAAAAUUUGGUAUUAAAAAUUAUAUGAAAGGUGGAUUUAAUGAUUACUUUAGUGGUAAAAUUCACUAUUCUAUUAUGAGAAGAAAUGAAUCUUAA